AUGACUGUUGUUUUAUUGCAGUGGUUAACUUUUGAGUUGUCACCUCAUAUUUGCGUCUGCGGUGCCUGCUAUGACACAAUAAGACGCCUUGCAACAAAUUCAAGGAAAAUACAACUUGAAUUUAGUUCUCUCGCCUCCGUUGUAUCAUCAUGUCAUCACCAUGUUAUAGCGGCCAACAUUUUGUGUCAUGGUUGUUAUGUGAAAGCUAAAAGAGAAGUCAUCCGAAGAAAUAUUGUUGAUUAUAACAGAUUUACAAACAUAGAAGGAAACUAA